AGAUAUGAAUAACAUUUUGGUGUUGCGUGAAAGAUUUUCAGCAGGGCACGACGCUUCUCUCGCUCUUGUUCGUCUUGUCCAAUGUCGAUUGAGGUGAUCGAGAUCUCUUCCUCCGACGAAGACGGCGAAGAAGAGUUCGAAGAGAAAGUGAAGACUAAGCUCAUGGCGAACAGAAGCACGGGAGGGGCUUCUUCGGGGGCAAAGCAAUACUCGAUCUGGGGAUCAAAGAGAGUCGAGGAACCGUGGGAAUGGGAUGAAUACGAAGAGGAAGAAUACGAGUACGAAGAAGAUGAGGUGGAAGAUGACGACGACGACGAUUGCUUCAUUCUCCCUAACAAUCCCUCCCUCGGUGACCAACUCGAUCUCAGCCGUCGUCUAACCCUCGACAGCCCGCCGCUGUCAGAUGACGUCGCGAUCAUUGCGGAACGAGGCAAGGUCGCUUGUAGAGAUUAUCCCCAUUCAAGGCACUUGUGUGGAAAUUAUCCCUUCAUCAAGACACCCCACAAAAGCCACUGCCAAAAGUGCUACUGCUAUGUUUGCGAUGAACCUGCUCCUUGUGACCGAUGGGAAAAGCACUGUGAAGCAUCGGACAAGCAUAUUUUAUGGAAUGACAUGAGGAGAGACCAUCGAGCAGCUCGGCAAAAGGUUAAGCCUGAAUCAUAGUUCCCUCUUGGUAAGUAGCUCAAAUGCUAGUUCAUGGGCAAACCUGAGUGUCUUGACAGAAACAAUGGUUGUGUUUAUCAGAUGCUUUUGCUUUGUGAAAAGGUGGACUAUCAGCGAUUAAAAACCUUUUUUUUUUUUAAUCAUGAUCAUGCAAUUGUUGAAGAAAAGGUGAUAUCGUUGUACAAUUAAAAGCCUUUUAACUUCUCCAGGGCUGCUAGAAUAACAUAAUUUAUCUGCCUGCCGGUAUUCAAGGGUGAUAUCAUUCAUUCCAAA